GUCAAACACCGAGUUGGGGACAGGCCUGGUUGUGAGCAAAGAGAGGCUUCGGAGGACAAAGAUGUCGUUGAGUGACGGAACCGAGGAGGAUGUGGGGGGUGAGGAUGGAUUGUCUAUUAUUACAUGUGAUUCUGAGGUGGAAAAGAAAUCUAGAAGGAAGAAAUCAAAUAAACCACCCAUGCCCUCAAAAUCUCCAUAUCUUUCAAACACAUACCUACAUCCAAAAAAGUCAGCAGUUUGGAGGUCAUUGAAGGGCACUGGAACCAUCCAUAUUGAAAACCCGUCAGUCAAGGUGCCCAGGGAGCUGUGGGUGGCAUCACUCAGACAGGGAUUUGUUCCCACAGCUGUGUCCCAGUCACUGAAAUCUGAAUGUGAUUCUGGAUGUAGUCGGAGCUCAGAGUGCAGUGGUACACCAGACUAUUUGAAAGAGGCCCUGGGUAUGAAGAAACCAAAGCAUUCACGGUCAGCCAGUAAUGGCUAUGUCCCUGGUACCCCUGACUACAAGGAGAAAGAAGAUAUGUAUGAUGAGAUUAUUGAACUAAAAAAGAUUAUUCAAGCCCAAAAAGCUGAUUACGAUGUCCUGAAAACAAAGUUGAGACGAUCAGAGGAAGAGAACAACAGAAAAGAGAAACAGAUUGGACAGUUGUUGGAUCAGUCAAAGAGUUCUGAGUAUGCCAGGAGCUUGGUUGAUAAAAAGAAUGAUACCAGUGGGAUUGUUAAUGGAUUAAAACAGAGGAUCUUUAAGUUGGAGCAACAGUGUAAAGAGAAGGACGGCAUCAUAAACAAAUUCCAAACUGAUUUGAAGACCACUAAUAUUGAAGAGAUGAAGAUUGCCAUGGAGACAUUCUACGAGGAGAUUCAAAGACUCCGACUUCUGCUAACCAACAAUGAUACAGUGGAGAAAAAAUCAAUGAUGGAGAGCAGGGAGUUGCAGAAAGAGAUCAAAGUGCUCAAGUCAACUAUCCUCAGAUUAUCUAAAAGCCUCAAGCAGCUACAAGAGGAGAAUAAAACCCUGAAGGGCAACCUGGAACAAGAAUCCCGUAGCUCGUCCAUACCCUGUACAGCCCGAGGCUAUAAUGAGUGGACGAAAAGUAGGCUCGUGCGUAGAGUCCUCGAGCUGGAAAAGAAAGUCAGCAAAUUGGACAAUUUCAACUCUAAAGGAGGUAACAGGGAUAUAGAGGAAAAGCUCCCACAAGCCGAAUGUAUCACAGGCCAAAUACAGCAACAGGAACAACAACAGAUCACCCAUCAGCAGGAGUAUCGUCGCCUCCAGGAAUUGACAAAAAAACUGAAGGAGGACCGCAGCAAUUUGCAGGCCCAGCUGGCUGAAAAGGAUGCUGAAGUAAAACAACAGCUUCAAGAAAAGGCAAAACUGGAAAAAGGCUUGCAGAGAUUAAAGGAACUGGAUAAAUCCAAUGGGGAAUACAAGCAUGAGGUUAGUACUCUGAAGGAAAGGAUAAGUCGACUGGAAACAGAACUGGAAGAUCAUCAGAAAAUGAAGAAACGAUUUGAAGCAGAGUUGGAAGAUCACCGGAGAAUGAAGAAACGAUUUGAGGCAGAGUUGGAAGAUCAUCAGAGAAUGAAGAAACAGUUUGAAGCAGAGUUGGAAGCUCAUCGGAGAAUGAAGGAGAGAAGUGAUUUAGUCAAGAACGAAGACGUAGAGACGGAGGAGACACCUCGAGUUUCUUGCAGCAGCACUAUUCAAAACCAAGUCCUGACAGGGAACGAAAGAAAUGAGGCCAUCUCCGUAAUCCAGUCCUGCUUUAGAGCUCAUCUUACUCGGACGCAGUAUCUCAAAGGAAGGAAGAACCUGUUUGCUGAAGACAUCAGGGAUAGCUCAGUUGCUGUGAGGAAAUCUAGCAAUGCCCAGCACCAGACAAAGUAUUCAGGGUUCUGGAGGGAUAAUGAAAGUAGUGAUGAAAUAGAAGAGGAUGUAUUCCAGUAUGAAGAUCCAGAACAUGCAGAAUAUUUGAAGAAGCUUAAAAUCUCACCAAACAGUCCUUUAUCAGUGAGAUGCAACCAAAGCCUAACUCAGACAUCAGGAGCAGUGGAAUCCGACAAUUCUGAUGAUGUUAUUUUGUUUUAACUUCAUCAUCGCGGAAAUGUCAAGACUACCUUUUAAGAGAUGGAUUGUUCUGCUCCAGGAGUCUGCUAACAAAAUGUAUAGAGAGUUGAUGGGACAGUAGCCAAGGAACUGAAUUUUGUUGAAUAGAUAAUAAUACCAAACUCAUGGUGCUUAAUAGAAAGGGCUAAUUGUUAAUGGUGCACUUAAUACUGCUUUUACAAAAAUUUACAAUAUGUGAUAAAUUGCUAGAUAUUCAGGGUCAAAAAGCAAUUGCAGACAUAGAGGUAAGUUUUCAAAAGAUGACUGAGUACUGUCUACAAAAUACAGUUCAGCAUUUCAUCAGGCUUUUUCUGUAUCUCUCACUUCUUUUACAGUCUAGAAGGAAGAGGGCAGCAGCCCACUACUAGCAAGGUUAAAUAUGGAAGGGAUGUUUUCAAUAGUGGAAGUGUCUAGGAACGGAGUGUAUAGCCUCAGAAUAGAAGGAUGUCCCUUUAGAACAAAGAUAAGGAAGAUUUUCUUUAGCCAGAGGGUGGUGAAUAUGUGGAAUUCAGUUGGCAAAGAACUUGAUGGGCCAAAUUGCCUAAUUUUGCUCCUACUUCUGGUUCCCUCCAGGUUCUGCACCAUUCUUGCUUAGAAUUUUCUAUAUUUAUGUUUCUAUAAAUAUGUCAAUAUUUAAUUGAUUUUGGGUGAAAGUCCUGGAGCUCCAUCUCCAACAUCAUUAUGUUUUACCACAAUACCACUUUUACUAGGUAUUAUCUAGCAGUAGAAGGCAACAGCCCACUACAAUUUUUUUAAUGGCCAAUCAGAUUGAAAGUUAAUGACUACAAUACAUACUGGAACAAAAAAUAAAAAUGAUUCAAUCAGAAUCUAUAUAAGGUUUGACAGUAGAUUUUUGACUUAUUUUCUCUCUCUCCACGGGUGUUGCCAAGCCACUGAGUACUUUCAGAAUUUUCUCAUUUUACUUCAGAUUUCCAACGUGUACAUUAUGUUGCUUUUUUACUGACUUAUCCAUCCUGGAAACUGCCUAAUGCGAUGUGAAUUGGUCAGUUUCCUGGGCUUUUCACCCUUAGCAUCUUACAGCAUUACUUCAGUUUUUGAGGAGGGGCAUUUCUGGGGAGCAACACAGCACUAAAUGCUGCUGAUUGAUAGCUUGUACAAGCUCUUAGUGCAGAUAGUAUGGAUUGAGUCAGAGUGUGUCUAACUCUAAUGUUGAGGCUGGAGGCUUAUGAAUUAUAAUCCCAGUCCUUCUGGAAUGAUCUUUUGGUCAAUAGUUGCUGAAUGGAUAAUGGAUUAGUUAUAAAGCCAUGGUUCAAAUCUAUCUCAUUAUCCCUGAAUGGAAUUUUACUCCAUCUUUUACCCCCUAAUGCUUAAUUAAAUUUUAUGCUACAGCUUUAUUUUUUUCAGCAAUAACUCUGUUUAAAGCAAGAGAUAGUGAAUGAGAACAGCUGACAUCUUAAAAUUUGAAUCAUGCCUAUGGAGGAUGUGUGUCCUUUCCACCUUGGGAAGCAGUCCCCAGUUCACUGUUACCUAUCAUUUUAAUUCUCCAUCACCUUUCACUCUGACUUAUCUUCUUGUGGACGCUCUUACUGAGUUUUAGUAACAGCACAUCUGGGCACAUUCCAGCUCUUUUUGACUCAAUGUUGAAUUCUACAAAUUCAGGUGACUUACUUUCUCUGUAUUAGAAUGAGCCAAGCUAUUCAUCUGUGUUAUUGGCUCAGUUUUUUUCUCUCUCCAUCCGCAAAGCCCAGACUGCUAAGCAUUUUCACCAUUUCACAAUUCCUAUAUUGCUUUGCGUUUAGGGGCCACUCCCUAACUGCCCGCAUGAAUUUAUAAGUCAGAUUAUCUCAUUUACAGCAUCUGCAGGUCAACUCUGACCUCACCCCAUAACAAAUAUUCCCUGUGACCUCUCUGCAACUUAAAAUUCUUAUCUUGCCUCCUUCCCAGUUAUGAUGAGGUGUCUUCAACCUGAUACCUUAACUGGUUCUCUUUCCACAGAUGCUGCCUCAUCUAUGUAUUUCAAAUAUUUUCUGUUUUGAUUUGGAAAGCAGUUAGCUGUAGAUAUAAAAAAAAGCCUCAGUGAUUACUUACAUUGUGAACUAGUUGUUUCUAUUCUGGCCAACGUGUUAUUAUUACUUGAAAAGUCCCUACAAUCAACACCAGACUGAAAUCUUUAUAUUCCGAAAAGUGGAAUAUGGGGAAUGUGCUGAAUUGAUGUCUGCAAUUUACAGCAGUGUACAUUUGUAGUUUCCAGGCACCACAGAUUGGUGUAUCACUCAGUUAUCACCAUCCUGGCAGAGAACAGUGUUGUCAUCACUAUGCAGCUUUUCAAUAGAUCUUGAGGUUUGGUUCAGGAUCUGCAAUCUGACCAAACCAUAUAAAGCCAGAACAAUAUUUGAAAAUGUUGCAUCUGACUUCAAUUAUCUUGAGUUAUAUACCUGUCAUCAGGAAAGCCAUGCAGCUUUAACACUUAAGGCACAAUGCGACCUAACAUGAAUUAUAUAUAUCUGAAUUAUAUAUAAACCAUACAUUUUAGUUUUCUACAUAGGGUACAGGAAUUUCAACAACAGUGCCAGUUGGAUUAUAAGACUCAACAUUCCAAAAUGGGCACCUGUAUAGUAUUUAGAAAACAGUUUAUAUACUGUACAUAUUAUUACAUGGUCAAUUGACCAAUAACAAUAUCUGCCACCAAAAUUGUUAAUUUAAAACAAAAUGGUUACAUUCCAGCUCACCAUCCAUUAACUGGGUCUUUAUUGACAGAUGUUGCCUGAUCUGUUGAGUGUUUCUCUGAUAUCUUGUUGAGCAUCGAAUUCCAGACUGUACAAUUGUGGGUGAAAGUGUUUUUCUUCUCUCGACCUCCAUGGGCAUUUUUUAAAACUACCUGUCAUGUGCUAUCGUAUGAAAAGCUCUCCUAAAAUCUAUAUAAAUAUUACAAAACACUACUCUGAAUAACCCUUCCUAAUGUCUUAAAUAGAUUCUCAUAUUUGAGAUUUUAUUUCUUACUUCUGUACUUAAAGGCAUUUUUUUUCUUAUUCAAUAUGUCUUUUAAAUCACUUAUAUGAUAUCAGUGGCUAGACUGGCAUUUGGUACCCAGGUGUAAUUUCCCAUAGGAAAGUAAUCUUGGGGUCUGAACUUCACAGUGCUGUCAGAUGGAAAGAUCCAGUGAAGAUGUAAAGCACUUUCUCUCAAGUUGGGAUAUUGUAUUACUUGGUGAAGAACACUGAGCUAGUUUACCCAGGUAUCUGCUGCCCUCAUCAUUUCUAAGCCAUGGAGUUUGAGAAAUGCUAUGAAGAAGCUUUGACAAGUUUCUGUUGUGCAUCUUGUAGAUGACAUAAUUCAGCCAUAUGGUGAACGAGUUUCCAAAAGAAAGGAUUGCUUUAUCAUGGUUUAUGCUUAGCUCCUUCAGUUGUAGCUGUAGCCAUCUUGGCAAAGUGGACAGAAUGUUAUCACAAUCCUGAUUUGUGCCUUUCAACUGGUAGAGAUAAUGGUAUUGUGGAAGAGCUAUAUAUUGGUAUUUAAAGUGGAAUUUGCAGUGGCAAAUUUGUUUUAGGAAACUGACAUCAUAGCUUUGAAUAAUAUGACCUAUCUGAACAUUUUGAUAAUGACCUCUUGCAUUUUACAUUGGAAGAAAGAAUAUUUAUGAUAUUUUCUGAAUCUUCUCAUUCUUAUAUUUUUAUUAUAUUUUUGUAAUAUAAAAUAUAUUUUAAUUGAUAAUGUCAAUAGAAAUUCAAAAUAAAAUCUUCAUGUUUUAUAA